GCGGUGAACAAGUAUAUAUAUAUAUAUAUAUAUAUAUAUAUAUAUAUAUACCGGGUGGACCGGGAGUACGGCGGGGGCAAAUACAAUCCCUUUGUGUAUACGGCUUUACAGCAAAACAUAUUAUAUUAUCGUGACGCGAUUGUCAAUGUUCUAGGUCUGAGUUGUACGAACAGUGAAAAACAUGUUGAUAAAAAAAGCAUCAAUUUAGUGAUACUUUUGAAAAUAGUUUCAUUAAUAAAAUUGCAGGAAUCAUCCCAAAAGCUGUGCAGAAAGUUCAUAUUCGGGAUAAGUUUCAGUUACAUAGUUCAAAAUUCACGAUGACCAGAUGAUUGCACUUUCGUCUUUAACGCAAACUAUAAAUACGCAUGGGAUCCUGACAACGUUGCUUGAAAAAAAUACUAGUACAUGUACGAGCUAGUGAGAUACCGGUAUUACCAAAUAAUUAUAACGAUGCUCGCGUUCAUCAAUUCUGUUGCAAAAUUGUGCAUAGACAAAUACAAUUCUAUGAAAAAAACUGGAAAACCGGAUAACAGUGAGUGGACGGUUCUCGCUGGAAUAAUUUUAAAAAAUGCUGACAAUGCUAUGUCCGUCGUGUCAUUGGCCACCGGAACGAAAUGCCUCAGUGGCGUUGAACUUACAAACACAAAAUUUUACGAGAUCGGUGAGAGAUUGAGCGAUUCACAUGCCGAAAUUUUGGCUCGACGCGGAUUCCUACUAUACUUGUACAAUCAGCUUGAUUUAUUGUUCUCUUCGAACAACAACGAAGUUUUCAUUAUCAAUACGAACAAGAUUAUAGAAAUUAGACGCGGUGUAUCGUUUCAUUUUUUCUGUAGCCAGACUCCUUGCGGGGAUUGCUCAAUAAUACCAAUGAAUAUAACUGAGACUAGCCAUCAAAAGGUCCCUACGAAAAAACCAAAAUUGGCAUCCGAGACGACGUCAAUUGAAACGAAUUCAACAUUGAUCGAAGAUAUUUACCGAACCGGGGCAAAGUGUUUACGAACAGAAACGAAGCAAGACCUCCGUUUAUCGGGCAAAGAAUAUCACGUUACGGGAGCUUUGCGAACUAAACCCGGCCGGGGCGAUCCAACUCUAAGCUUGUCGUGCUCGGACAAAAUAGCCAAAUGGAAUGCGGUUGGUAUUCAAGGAUCAUUGUUGUCGACGUUCGUGCUAGCCCCGAUACGACUGAAAACUAUCGUGAUCGGAGGUGGGUGCCCAUUUUCUCAACAAGUCAUGGAACGCGGUAUUUAUAAUAGAUUCGGUGAUGAUCUUGCUGGACCAGAUAUUUUCCAAGCAGACAUAAAAUUUUCCUGCAUGAGAAAUUCCGUGCGUUCACGUCCUUGCCCUACAAGUAUUGUUUGGUCAGCAGUUCAGAAUGGGAACACCCAAAUAACGGUUGAUGGGCGUAAACAAGGUGCAACGAAAAGUAAAAGAGGUAACGAUUUGUUCGUCAGCCGAACAAGUCUUUUGAAAAAAUUUCUACAGACCCUCGACAAAAGUCCUUUCGCGAAUAAUGUUCCGUCGCAUCCGAAAAAAAUAUUUUAUUAUCAUUACAAGCAAUGGCGAGGUUGUUCAUCGUAUCAGAAAGAAUGGAAAUAUUUAAAGGCUACGAGAUUCACUGCCUGGCCUGAGAAACCCAUGGGGCUACAAAGUUUUUCGCUCUGAUGAGAGUUCGUAUCGUUAAACAAUCUCUUAUUUUUUAUUUAAAAAAAAAAAAAAAAAAAAAUCCAUAUAUAUUUAUAUACAAAAAAAAUGAAGAGAGAGUGAAACUUGAUUAAAAAGUACGCCGACUUAAAUUAGUGUAUCCUAUGCCAAUGCAAGUUAGAAGGACUUGCUCGUGCACGACAUCAUCGUCCUCGUCAUCCUUUGCGGGCUCAAGCUUGAAGACUAUUCCAAAGAAAUCUCUGAGAUCCCGAAGAAACUGAACCCUGUCGAGAUAAUAAAACAAUCGUUGAUGCGAAAUAUCACAAAUUGUGAUCUCUAUAUUUAGAGAUUUACUUGGAUACAGGGAAACGACGCUCACAUUGUUGGGGUCAAAGGGCCAACUAGAAGUUUCGACACAUCUUUCUUUCCCAAUGCCAUGAAGAGUGCAGCCAUGCUUUGGAACGGCGAAUCGACGCAACCGUUCCGGUAUAUUUCGUCGAUAAGCUUGAGAGCUACUUCUCUGCCGAGAUCUUCGGGCACACAGGGCAAUGAGCCAGACAUCAUUCGCGGCGAAAAACUGUCACUACCGAAAAAUAUUCCAUUCGUCGUUUCGGCCGUUAGACUUAUUCCAAAACCUAUCAAUGUUUUAUUAACAAUAUAACAACAAGCUGUACGAUGUCAGAGAAUUUUUAUCUGUUUUCAAACGGUCCAAACUUUUAUAUCAUUCCAACUGCGGUACUCUGUUUUGUUCAUCGCCGCAAUAUAAAAUGAAAUGGAAGAAUGACGAAACUGAUGAAAUAAAAUGAUAUGCUGGGGUAACUUUUU